AUGAAAAUUUCAUUUAUCGUAUUCUUAUGUAUUGCGAUUCUCACUUCAACAGCUGUUUUGGCAUUACCACAUUUAUCACGCAGAAAAUCCAAUGAAUAUGACGUUUCAUCAGACACAAGUUCUAAAGAUAAUAAACCUAUAUCAUCUCACGAAGAUAGUAAACCUGCAUCAGACACAAAAAGUUCUAAAGAAAGUAAACCUUCAUCAUCUCACGAAGAUAGUAAACCUGCUUCAACUCAAAAAAAAAGUGAUCCAACCCCAAAGUUGACGCCUUCGAGUUCUCAAGGAAAGGAGUCUCACCAUGAUUCUCCAUUCAAAAUUACCUCACCAGAAAGUGGCAAAUGUUAUCAUCAGACUUCUGAUGUGACCAUUAGCUGGACUACUUCAAUUACCAAUGAAAAAGUAAAAGUCAGAAUAUUAUCGUAUGACAAUCCCUCAUUUAGUCUUGGUACAGAUUCCAAGAAUGUUGUUGAUGCGUCGGUCGGGAAACUCACGAUAAAAAUUAAAGAUUGGCCUGUAGGAUCGUAUCUUGCAAUGGUUGCAUUGGUAAAAGAUCUUGAAAAAUAUGGAACUAGUGGACGUUUUUAUGUUUGCAAUUCAACGAUGUUACCACCGAUAGAACCGGAUGACUCGGAAUAG